AUGGCUUUAAAAAAUAUUAUUGAUUUGACUGAUGGAGUUAUUUUAAGAUACAUAUGCAUUUCUAAUGACUCUAGAAUAGAUAUAAAUAUAUUUAUUGGAAUUGUUUGCAGACUUACAAUUUUUACUCUUUUGAUAAUAUUCAAAGAUAUAAAAUAAUAUUCUAUUGGUGAACUUAUUGUUUGGUUUUUAGUGUGGCUAGUUUAACAUAUAUAUAUAUUGUGUAUUGAGAAAAAUUAUAUUAUACUAGGUGAAUCUAAAGUUCUUAGAAGAGAAAUAGAAUAUAAAAUUAUGGAUUCUUUAUAAUUAUUAAUAGGAAUAAUAUUUUUAUCAUUGAACUUAAAUUCAUAUAUAGAAAUAUUAAUCUUGGUUUUAUUUUCAAUCAAUUUUUUAUUGAAAUUCUAUAUAAUAAUCUUUAAAAUAAAAAUAAAAGAAGGUUAUACAGUGAAUUUUUAAAAGUAAGGUGGUGUUUAUUAAUUUUAUAUUGGAUUUUUAUUUGGGGCUGUAUGUAUUACUUUAUAUUAUAUCAAUUUGGAGGGUAAUAUUUAAAAUAUUAAAAUACUUUGA